AUGCUUGUUGUCCAAUGCAGAAUUCGCAAGAUCAAAUGUGACGAAACAAAACCAUGCUGCAGGCGCUGUCAAAGCACCGGUCGGAAGUGUUCGUAUGAGCUCGAUGGUCGAAGUCGGCGCAGCGCGCCUCCGCGCACGCAUUCGAUAUGGCACAGUCAGCCACUAUCCGACAUUGUGACUUAUGCCUCUCGCGAGCAACGUGCUUUCGAAUAUUACUGCCAGCGUGUAGGCCCUGCGAUAGCGGGGAGCAUCAGUUGCACAUUUUGGACAGGCGCGGUCCUGAAAGCCUGUCGAUCGGAACCCGCCAUUUGGGACGCAAUCAUCGCCAUUAGUGCUCUGUACGAGAACCUCGAUCCUUUCAUUGGGCCUCCCAUGGUCACGGAAGCUGUGCUAUCAGCGCGAAGGCCUCGAGAAGCCUUCUUGUGGUAUCUGCGCUCGGUGGAAAACAUCCGAUCGCAACUGGCACGGAACAAAGUACAUCCGCAGAUCGCACUCAUCUCUUGUAUACUGUAUACCUGCACUGAAAUGCUACAAGGCGAUGUAGCCAAGGCUCUCCGGCUAUAUGGACAAGCCGUGCAGCUGAUUAUCUCUUGGCAGCAACAGAGCCCAAGUCUCUCAGAAACAACAUUAGCUGCAAAAGACAUGAUGAUGCCGCUGCUCCAAUCCCGGGCCUUGUCUUUUGAAGCCGCCCAGACGGCGAUUCUCAAGUUGAUUGCAGAGGCCCACAUCCUCCGAUGUUUGGGGGCCCGACAUUACCGCAGUGGUCACAAAGUGUCUAGCACAACGUUCGAUUUGACCGUACAGCAGCACGCCCUGGCCCGUCAACUGGACGAGUGGGACUAUGCAUUUGCCUUCCUCCGGAGCGCGGAAGGCCACCCCCAGCUGUAUUCGCCGGAUCGGAGAGCAAUACCAGUGUUACUGAGCAUUCGCUCCGCUGCAUCCAUCAUGAUCUCCACCUGUUUCGCAGAACAAGAGACUGCGUACGAUGAGCACAUAGGCCAGUUUCGACUGAUCGUCGAGCACGCAGCAGCUGCGACGCACGCACCGGUGGAACGGAAUAAUGCGCAACCGGGUUUUACUUUCGAAGCCGACGUUGGCCUGCCGCUGUUUUUCACUGCUGUGAAAUGUCGAGAUCAGAUACUGCGACGGACGUCAUUAGAGCUGCUUCGACAGACACCAAAAGUUCAAAGCAUGUUCAAAUCUAUGUCGUGGGCUACACUUGCGGAGAUGAUCAUUCGGAUAGAAGAAGGCUCUGUACAAGGCAUGAGGAAACGCCCGCCGCUUCAACCUACGAUAAAUGACAUUACAGCUCCGGAAAAUAUGGAAGAGCCGGACAGCAGCACUCGUGGGGCUCUACCCGCCAUAGGAAGUGUGCCUUCUUUGGCAGAGCUUGUGGAGAUUGAUAACAACAGCCUGGACAGAUCAUCAAAUAAAGUGACAGUGGCUAAAAGGCAGUUCAUCCCGGAAGGCCACCGUGUGCAUGAAUUUGGGAUCUUUCAAGCAUAUGGAAGUGUCCCGGUGGCCAUGUCCCAGCGUAUGCAGAAUCCGGUCAUCCUGAGAUUUACCAAGAAUCAGAAAGACCCAGGCACAGGGAAGGUUGAACUGGUGGAACGCUUUCUUCCCAUGAACUUCUAG